GCGACGGUUGCGCCCACAAGCUCACAGUGUACGAUUUGGUGCGACUGGUGGCGACAUAGUGGUGAUUGGCGCCAACUAGAAGCGCAGCUGUCAAACAGCAAUCGUCGAGUGCUGGAUGUACGCGUGCAGUAGACAAAGAUAUCGCCAGCAUCAACAUGGCAUCAACGCGGGCCCGCGCGCGCGCUUUCAGCCUACCGAUAUAGCCAUUUUGUCACAAUAAAAUAUAGCAAAUCGCGACACCAACACAUAGCGCGCGACGGCAUCAAUCGCCUUUUGUUGUGAACACGAUGUCUGCAAAACAACGUGCCCGCUUCCUGGUCAGUGAUCUGUAAUCGAAAGAAGACAGUGCGGCACGAGUUGUGAGCUGUGCGUGCGUGCGUGCGUGCGUGUGGCGACGUCGAAUUGGAGCACCAGCCGCCGGAGCGCGCAGCGGCGUACGUCGCCCGUCGGACAAGUGAUCGCGGCAAGCGCCUGUGGCCGCCUCUGGGGUUGUGCACGGCCUCUUGGACGAAAAUGCGCUGCGGAAUCGCGUGUCCCGCGUCCGUCGCGCACCGAGUUUAGCCGUGAGCCGUGCUCCUCGCCCAAGAUGGCCACCGACGGCUAGCGGCCGACCGAAACACGCGUCCGAAUCCGCUUUUCGCCCCGCAGAGACAAUGACCGAGCCGGACGUGCCGCAGACGGUCUGGUCGCGCUGGAUCCUUGACGCCAUCCGCAAGAUCCGCUCGCAGAAGCAGCGGCCGAGCGUCGAGCGCAUUUGCCACGCGAUCCGCCAGCAUAACAACUAUCAUGAGGAUGUCGUCGCCGAGCGGCUGGAGGUGGCCGUGCGGCAGGGUGAUGUGCUCAAGGUAUUCAACAAGGGCCAAAGCAGCUACAAAGACCCCGACGGCUUGCCGCCGCGGCCGUUGCAUAUUACGCGCGGCUCCGAUCUCAGCAAGGUCGUCACCAAAGCGGUGCGCGAGCUUGGUGAACGCGAAGGCUCGUCGCUGAAGAGCAUCGAGAAGUACGUGCGUCAGUCGUACACCAUCGAAGGUGACGAGGUCGAGCUGAAAACAUUGCUGCGUUUCGGUGUGAAGCGCGCCGUUAGUCGUAGAUGCGUAGUGCAGGACGGCAAGUGCUUCAAAUACAAUUACAACUUCCUCAGCCCCAGCAGCCGGAGAUGCCACAAGAAGGCGAACUCCAGCAAUGAUUCGCUCGAUUUGCAAUCCCCGACGACCGGCACGUCGAAGGUUGGCUCCUCCAUCUCGCCGGCCGCCUCCCAGUAUUGCAUGGAGUGCCUCGGCACCGACCAGAAGAACAAGCACGGCGAGUUCGAGAAGCUGAGCGCCUGCAAUGAGUGCAACAAUGCGGUGCAUCUAUCUUGCGCUUACGCCGGCCCGGAACUCGCACUCCUCAUCGGCAGAGGGAAUCGAUGGUACUGCGAAGAGUGCAAGUCCUGCUCGGUGUGCAACAGUAACGAUGUGUCCACUUGUCUCAUCUGUUGCGCGCACUGCAAGAGCAAGUUCCAUAUGGAAUGCCUGGACGUGCCUGUCGACAAGAAGGUCAAGACUGCAUGGCGAUGCGCAGAGUGUUUAGGCAUGCCUAAGACACCCGAGGGCGCCUCCACCGCCCGGAAGAAGGUUGAUAAAGGAAGGGAGCGGAACAAGGAGAAGGCGCAAAGAGCAAAAGACAUCAACAGUACGCCGACGUCGAGCCGAGGCAAUGCCGGCGCGUCGACCUCGUCCACGCUGAAAGCAACGCCGUCGUCGCCACGCAAAAAGCUUCCGACGCAUCGGCCUGCCGUUCACCUGAGUGAGUCCGAUAGCAGCGAUCACGAGGGUACGCCAAAACCCAACAUAAAUUAUCCCACAAAAAGCCCAUAUCCCCCCACCAACCAAAAACCACAAAUAGCCAACAAUAACCACAACGCCGCGCGGAACCAGCAGCGCAUCGCCAGCUCCGAUCGCAUGUCGAAGGAGAAGCAGAAAUUCUUUCGGCUCUCUGCGUUCAACGACAAAAAGAAACGUCAAACCAACAACGCGCACGCCACCAAGGCGGCGUCUAGAACGUCCUCGUCGCCGUCGUCAUCGUCGUCGAGCGGCUCUGACUGCUCCUCGAGCAGCUCGAACUCGGACUCGGGGAGUUCAGGUUCAGAGUCGAAUAAUUCGGACGAUGCACCUGUAGCGGCUUCUGUGCUGCGCCGUACCUCCACUCGUGCGCAACAACAACAGUUGACGCAAAAACCGGCGCCGCAGCCUACGUUUGGUGAGAUCGGAGGUAUUCAGGCCGACUGCAAACUCUGGGGUUUCGCCGCAGCCGCUGCGCAGGCUCAGGAAGGCGAACCUCCGAUGAAAGCAGACGGCAGAAAGAAUGCCGGUGAUAGUAUUCUCGCUGAGGGCGGCGCCGUUGCGAAGGAGUUGAAAAAGGGUAUGGGUCAAUUGAAGAACCUCUUCGACGGCCUGUCUCAUUUAUUUGCGACGCCACUCGAAGGCCGUAAUAGAAACAGUAAAGUGACUGGUCAGCGCGUGGACAGAGCCAAGAGGGACAAAUCGGAAACGCCGCUGGCCGAGCGGAGAGAGCCCGUGAUCGAGGCAAAUGAUGCCGAUGCGACCGAAGAGGACGAGGUGCAACCAUCGCCUCUCGUGCAUGUUACCAGCAGAGCGAAGCGCCGCACCGAGACCACCGACUCCGACAUCGAGUUGGAGUCGGAGCGGGCGAGCCGACGCGACAAGCUCAAAAAGUCGCUCACGCCCUCGAAUCUCGUCAAGACGGCGGUGAACUCCAAGCGGUUGGAGACGCAUUCGCGCAAGGUGAAGCACUCGUCGCAGGCGACGAGCGAACCGGCAACGCCGGCAUCCGGACGUUCUAGACCCGCCGCGCAAAACAAUUGCGAGAGCGGCAACGAAAGCGAGAAACGAGCUACGCACCACAAUUCGACCGGCAAAAAGCGAUCGAAUCACGAUACGUCGCUAACCAGCGCCACUUCUACGCCACAACAAUCCCAACCUCUGUCGGUGCUGCCGCUUGCCACCAAUCAGACGGAUGCCAAGCAGCCGCUGCCGCCCGGCGUGACACAAAAGGAUGUCGAACUAUUUAAGGAGACGCGCGAACGCGCUAAUCAAACCACGGCCGUUUCCGACGGACUUCUUAUCUCGCCCAGUCAUGCAAUGGUUGUACAGGGCCGCAAUCCGGCCGCUAUCGAGUUUGGCAAGUACGAAAUUGACACAUGGUAUUCGUCACCGUUCCCACAAGAAUACGCUCGCCUUCCCAAACUGUUUCUUUGCGAAUUUUGUCUGAAGUACACCAAGAGCAAGGCUGUACUGGAGCGACAUCAGGACAAAUGCACUUGGAAGCAUCCACCCGCCACUGAGAUUUACCGCUGCGGUGACAUCUCCGUCUUUGAGGUGGACGGCAAUGUCAAUAAGAUCUAUUGCCAGAACUUGUGCCUGCUUGCGAAACUUUUCUUGGACCACAAGACGCUGUACUACGACGUGGAGCCUUUCCUGUUCUACGUGCUUACGAAAAACGACAGGAAAGGCUGUCAUCUGGUAGGAUACUUUAGCAAGGAAAAGCAUUGUCAACAGAAGUACAACGUCAGUUGUAUUAUGACGAUGCCACAAUACCAACGACAAGGCUAUGGUAGAUUUUUAAUCGAUUUCAGUUACUUGUUGUCGAAGGAGGAGGGCCAACCAGGAACACCGGAGAAACCAUUAUCGGACUUGGGGCGCGUAUCCUAUCAUGCGUAUUGGAAGUCGGUAUUGCUGGAAUACCUACACAAUCACAGGGAUAUGAUGGAAGUGAAAUUGACUUCCAUCAGUAAAGAAACAGGCAUGUACUGUCACGACAUUGCGACUGCAUUGGAUUUGCUCAAAUUUAUCAGGCGGAGUAAGGGGGAGAAUGGCACACAAAAGGCGGUCAUCGCGGUCGACUGGAACCAAGUGGACGCGUAUGCUGAACGCCUGGCAAAGUCAAAAACUCGCAUCAAAAUUGAUCCGGAAUGUUUGCGCUGGACGCCUCUGCUGACUACUGUUGUGAAUCCGUUCGGCGACGAUUCAGAUAAAGACACUGACAAGGAUAACGGCAUGGAGGAGACGGCUGAUAUUAUUGUACCACAGCCGGAGAAAAUAAUUAUAGAAACGACCGGUGUAAAGCUGAAACGUGGCAAGAAGCGACGCCCGGUGUCUAGUUCAAAAACACCCAAAGUGCCUAAGGAGACGAGAACUGUUGUAGAGGAUAAAGCGGAGGAGAAGUUAGAAGCCACGUCGUCCGGUCGGAAACGAACAAGGCCGAAUAAGUUCAACGAGACGGUGAAUACUUUCAGCGAGCGCAAACGGAAACGUAGUGUGCUGGAUAGUGCGCCCGAAGAAAGCGAUGGUGAGAAGCGGGCCGAUUCGGUAAAUAAGGAAGACAAGCUGAGGAAAGAGACAGACUUGCGAACGCCGACUAGAUCGCGUCGAACACUGGCCAAGGAGCAAGGAUUGCGAUGGAGUCAGCGCAAAAUGAGGAAAGCAGAAGAGAAGGAGAAGGUUGUGGACAGUAAAUCAGAGUCUCCAAUAAAGAAUGAAAAAUCUGGUGCAAAAGCUAAACCAAUUGUCGAAGAAAUGGUAGAAGAUAAGGUGGAAAACGAAGAGAAAACUGAGUUGAUCGAGGUGGUCAAGUCUGAAGCCAUCACAGAUCAAAGUCCUACGGCAAGAAAAAAUCGAUCGCCGGUGAAACCACGACGGAGAACUGGCUGGGGCGGACGGUCAAAGAAGAAGAAGCCAUUAUCGCAAUUAACCAUCCCUGAAAUGCUCAAGAAGCAAGUGAGUGAAUCUGAAUCGGUGAAAUCUGAGGACGACGGAGAGAAAGUUGCCGAGAAAUCCAAUUCUACCGACGCACUCAAAGCUAAACCGAAAGAAAUCUCCAAUAAAAGGUCUUCUAAGCGGCCUUCGUGUGAAGAAGAUUCUUCAGCUGAAGCCGAUGAUGAGAUGGAGGAAGAUGUGGAAAUGCAAACCGGCACGAACACAACACCAGAGAAGACUGUCAACCGAACACCAGAGAAAGAAAAUAACAAUCUGUUGAAACUAGCCGAUCCACCCGCGAAACAGGAGUCGAAAGAAAAGGAGAUAAAGAGGAUACAAAACGAAUUUUCAAGUACAUCGGAAUCCGAAACCGAAAUCGAUGGACAGAAGAUCAAAAUCAUCUCACAGGAAGAAAUCAGAGAAAUUACAAAGAAAUACGGUAUAUUGAGUCCCACUCAUGACGAACAAGAAGAUGAAGUUAAAAAUAUUGUCCCUAAAAAGUCCACUGCUGAUAAGAAAGAGGAAAUUGACAAGAAAGUAUCCCCUCCAACUCCUCAACCCAUACUUGGUACUCUUGUUCCACCGCCUACACUGUUAGUACCACCUCCAGAAGUAUUGCUCCCUGCGAAAGACAAACCAGUUGAGACGACUUCUGAGACAACAUCUGUGCAGCCAGACGAGAAUGUGACAAAUACAAAUGAAUCGCUAAAAAAUGAAACUAAAUUGUUACCUGCGGAUCAGAAGGAAGAAAGUCCCAAGGAAGCGAUAAAAAAGGAUGACUUGGGUGAUAAACAGGUAGUUAAAGAAGUUAAAGAAGCGACCGAUACAAUAGUGAAUAAUGAAAGCGCAAGUAUUGACACAGAACAAUCUAAAGAAAUUGGUGCUCUGCAAGACACCACAGAUUUAAAUAUGCAAAUAUGUGAUCAGCAGACAAGUUCGCAACAGAAUGAAGUACUGAAGACCCCAGUGGCAAGUAUUACACCAGUUCCCGAAUUAAAAGCGCAAGCUGAUAAUGAUCCCAUGUUAAACACAAAGACGCCGCCUGAGACUAAAGUAGAGGUGAUUGCACAAACAGAAUUGGUUAAGCCGGAAAAUCCUGAGAAGCCAUUGUUUCUCGAGGAGCAUGCUCCGAAACAAAUGAAUCAGAUGCCUGCUGCUAUACCGAAACCAACUGUACAGGAGCAUCAGGUAUCUGCACCCGUUAAACCCCAACCAGCGCCUUUGAUUCAGCAACAACCGCCAGUCCAACAGCGGCACCCGCAACAUACUCCUAUGCCACCUCAGCCUCCCCUGCAACAGAAUGAGUCAAUCCAGCAGACACAACAUGCUGUUGUUCAUCAGCAGCAGCAACAACAACAACAACAACCGGUGGUACCCCAACAACCAAUCGUUGCUCAACAUCACCAGGCGGUUCCGGCAGUUCCUGCCCCAAUGAUGCAGGCACAAGCAACAUACCCAGUUAAAGAAGAACCCAAAAGGGAUUUAAACCAUGUCGUCGAAGAAUCUAGAUCACAAGCAGACAUUAAAAAAUCGCCAGUGAAGACGCAGGUACCAUCAACUCAACAUCAGCUGCCGCAGCAAAUGGUGCCUACUCAUGAUAUCAAACAUGCAAUGCCACAGCACGUUGUGAAUCAACAAAUGCCGUCUUCGUGCUUAUCGCCUAUGAUGCAGGCUCAUCCCACUCCUAACCACCCUUCGAUUCCGGACAUUCAACAACAACAUGUACAGCAACUUCAGCCGCAGUUACACCAUCCAUCGAUGCCGCAAACAGCUUUUCAACACCAACAUCAUGAACAUCAGUCUGUACAGAUGCCUUACCAGCAAUUGCCUCUUAAACAACAAGAGAUGCAAGCACAUUUGGUGCAAGCUCCCCCGAAUAAAAAACCGAAGCAGGAAGCUAGGGCAAAAGACGACCGGAAAAAGUCCGAGAAACACAAGGAACGGCACGAUGACAAAGUAAGGUAUCCCAAAGAGGAGGCACGCAUCGCUCCUAAGCCAACGGAGAUGUCCGCUGAAAAAUUAAUGACGAAUCCGGAGUUUUCCAUGGGAACACCUAACUACCAGAUGGCCCAAUCACAGUACCAACAAUGGCACUGGGAUCAUCGCAUAGCGUUUGAGCGCAGCAUGUAUCAGUAUCCAUAUUUUCCUCCUCUGGACGUUGUACCACCGUCUACACCUGCUGUACCAAGCACACCCGCAGCGCCAGCAAGUGUCAAACACCCAGAGAAACCGGAAAAACCCCAGAAAGCUAGUGCGAAGUCAAAAACCAAAGCAGAAAAAGCUCCCAAGAAGGAAGAUCGUCUGAAGAAGGCGCAGGAUGAUUCCAAGGUAGACAAGCUUGACAAGCAUCAACAACAUCACAAAAUGAAGGAGAGCGUGGACGGGGAGAAUGAUCAUCACCAUCAGCAGAGUCUGAAGCAGCAACAUGAGUUGUCGACGAUGGGAGUGUACACCCCGGAUUCUACCACUAAUUCGGUUCAUAGUUUGCAUUAUAACCAGUGCGACUUGGACGUAUCCCAGUUAGGUUUGGAAUCGCCAGCAAGCAUCUCCAGCGAUAUGGCGUCGCAGAAUUCAGUCGAAUCAGUACGGCCGCCUUCCAUCACACAAACACCUAGUUAUGACUGCGCCGUACAACAUAAUAUGCAACAGAAUUUGCACCAGCAGCAGCAACAACAAGUUGUGCAGCCGGCAUCUAGUCCCAUGCAAAACAAGCGAUCCAUUCAGCAACAGCAGUCACAACAACAGCAGCAGCAACAGGUACAACAGCCCCGGAACCGAAGCACAACACCAUCGAAUAAACAACAUAAUAUGAGGAGUACUCCACCAACUCCAUCAGUGCAGCAGGUCCAACAACAGAGACAAAGAGCGACUCCCCCGGUUCAGACGGUGAGCCAACAGCAUCUACAGCAGGCAAAUCAAGCGCAACAUCACCAAGGACAUCAUAUGCAGCAACAGCAGCAGGCCCACCUUCAUCAUGCGAUGCAUCCUGGCUAUCAACAUCCGCAUCACCAGCUUGGUGCCGCCAGCGCUAUGCAUCAACAGCACCAUCAUCACCAGAUAAGUCAAGGAAACUACAUCCCGGUGCCUCAAAUGGCCGUUAGCUCUCAGGCGUUUACCGCGCAGGUAGGAAGCCCAUACGUGACAUCUGUGAUCCCGCACCGCAUGUCUACACCGCAGAGCCAUCAGAAGACCAGCUGCGCGGUUACGACCGGCAGCAACUUCUAUCAUGCACACACAGUUCCCACACCGACGCCGACUCCCACGCCGCAGGCUCAGAACCAGAAUAACAGCUGCAGCUUGGCUAAGCUGCAACAGCUUACCAACGGAUUGGAGAUGAUCCCGCCGAGUGCUUGUAAUACUAUGACUCCGCCACCGGCGACGGCCAUGACGUUGACACCGCCACCGUCACAUCACGCGACGAUGACCCCACCGCCGACGCAUCAAGUGCUCCAGAAUCAGCGCAAUAUCUCCACGCCGCCCACAGCUAUGCCCCCCAACAUUCAGCUUAACUAUCCACAGUACUACAAGCCAAACAUGAAUUUAAACCAGAUUGGGGGUACUGUGACGCCGCCAAUGGGUCAGAACUUAGGUCGUACCCGCAAUCCAAACGUCGCUCAGCACAUGCAGACGCCACCGUCACGUGUGAGUCCUAACGUGGCGCUCAAUUCGUCAAACAUCAUGGCGCAGUACAACUUGAGCAACUAUCGCAUGGCGCAGCAACAAGCACCCACCGUCAAUUAUUUGCCGAACGGCGGUUUCAUCAAUAAUCAGCUUCCCAUGCAGAUGGUGAAUAUGACGCAAGGUCAGUACCAGGAUCCAACCACGAUACAGCGGGCGCCGCAGAACACGAUGUACACGUAUGGCUACCUCAACGUGCCUCUGAACGGCACCAUGCGUCGCUGAGAUGAUGAACAAUUGUGUAUCGUGUAAAUUUAAUUGUAAUUACGUUUCAAACACAAAGGCUGUGCACUUAACGAUAAGAGACACAUUUCUUCGUUGUUCUACUUUUAGUGUAAACAGCUGAAAGUCGUAUUUAUUUGGGAUAAAGAUUCGUUUAUUUUUACAUCAAUGAAGGAGGAUUUUUUUUCAAGAAUUGUAUAUAGGCAGGGUGUAUAAAGAAAGUCGUGUACAUUUAACACACAGGGAUAGGUUGACUACUUAAAUUUUAUGUAAAUUGUGAAAUAUUUAUUACUUGAUUUGUAUUAUAAGUCUAUUCAAAUUACGUGAUUAAUUUGAACAUGUUCUUCACGCUAUUUUAUUGACUUUGUUAUGUGCUAGUUAGAGAAUGAAGAACUAACAUUGUAAAUAGUUGAUUAUUAUACCUUGUUUGACGUUUACAACACUUACUCGCGCUGAAGGAAUAAUUAUGAAAUAAGCAAAGAGAAACUUUCUCAUUUCGUUAUUGAAUUACGAUAAGCUGAUUCGUGCGAUGUGUGCUAGGAUGGUAUGAGCCUUGCAGCAUUCGCAAAAUGUUACGUUUAGUUUUUAUAUUCUUAAUGUUUCACUUUUUUGUAAUAUGCAAUUGUAACUGUAUUGCACUAGUAUGAUGCACCGUUCUGAUUAUUUUAAAACAAAAAUCACUAUGUGGAAGAAUAAAGUUAUAAUCCUGUUGUUUCAGAAAA